AUGUUUCCUAAAUUAUUAAACGUGUCUAACAUCACUGGAAGAACUGGGCUUAGAACCAUAACGACUGUUUCAAAGACCGUUAGAGUUCUACCAGCUCCAACUUUGUCUAAACGAUUCAAUUCUACACAACCAUCGACUGCUGAUACCACAAAGAGUAAUGGCAGUUCUCAACAGAAGACUCCUUGGGUUAAGAAGACAAUUUUGGGAAUCACUGCAGUCGCUGCUGGUGUUUAUGUAGCUCAAAAACUUCCAGAAUGGACUUUUGAAAUUACCGCUACCGAUGAACAGGUCGAUAUUGACCCAGCUAUUACACCCUUCCCAAAAAAACUACCUAAAUCCAAGUACCCUCUAGCUAAUAAUUAUUCUCUUCUAGGUGUUGGUAUUCGUUCUGUCACUGUGGUCACGUUUAAAGUUUAUUGUUUAGGUAUAUAUGUUGCUAAUCAAGAUGAGAAAUUAAUUCGCAAAGUUUUAAAUUCAAAAUUCUUGAAGGAGAAAGUUAUUGAAACUGAUCCGGAGAAAUCAUUCCAAGAAAAUGUUCAUAAGGCUUUAAAUGAUCCUGAAAAAUCAAGUAUUCUUAUUGGAGAGUUAUUAGAUGCUGGCGUUCAGUUCAUGGCUAAACUAAGUCCAAUGAGAAACACGAAUUUCAAUCAUUUAAGAGACGGGAUGAUGAGAACUGUGAAGGCCCAUCCUGAUGCGGAAGCUAAUAAAGAAGCCGUUGAAAAAGGGUUAUUGGACUUGAGAAAGGCUUUCAACAGAAAGGGUGCUCUAGAUAAAGAUGACGAACUGUUCGUAGAAUUACAAUCAGAUGGUGCUCUACAAUUAACUUUCCAUAGCAGAAAAAGAGAUCAAUUUAUUAAAUUAGGACGUUGUGAUGACCCAAUUGUUGGGAGAUAUUUGUUCAGUCAAUACAUGAGUGGCCCAAAACCAUUAUCAGUUAUGACCAAGGAUGCUGUCGUUAAGGGUAUUUCUGAAUUAGUAUAA